GAGAUGAUUGAAAAGAUGACGGAAAAUGAUCGGAACGGUGCUAGAGAUUUGCUUAAGCGGCACCGACCUUUGAUAUCAGAGAAUGACCGGAAGAGGUUGUCAGAGAAGGAGGAGGAGGAGAAGAAGAAGAAGAGCUUCAAAAGUCUUGAUAUAAAGGAUCUCUCGCAGGACAAUUACAGAGUAUACUAUCCUUGA